GUGCCGAACGUCGACACCGCCCUGAAGGCCGAGUUCGACUCGUCCUGCAUGGGUCUGCGUUGCGGCGGUGACUAUCCUUGCCCGUACGCCGACAACGUAGCCGCGCACCCGCAUGUGGAGAAUAUGCCCAACCGAACGGUCGACGGAUACAAGCGCGAAGGGAAUAGUGUCAUCCUUGUCCUUUACGCCUCCUUCGCGGAGGUUUGGACCACCACGGGCACAGAGGCAGCAGUGAACGAGAAGUUGCCAGGCCUCGGGUUCAUGGUAGCCGCUUGGGCCGUGCGCUGGAUCGCCAUUGAUUCCGACGCGACGCUCGGGUAUCCUGGCGAGGGCCCCGCCGCGGCCGUGGCAUCAGUAGCAGUGGACCAGCCGCCAGAGCAGGUGCACGGCACGGCGGCGCUGACGCCUGAACAGGAAGACGAGACGAGGGAGUGCUGCGACCAGCCCGACCGGCCCUCCGGAAUGGAGCAUGUGGAGGACGUCCGCCAGGCCAAGAGGGCCAGUCGAGGCGGCGGGGGGCCGGGCCUAGCUCCGGUGCCGGGUGGCCACGGCACGGCGCUACUUCAAGCAUUGGAGUGCGGGGGUGGCCUGGCGCAGUAUCGCGCGGAGAAGCUGUUCAUUUUCUUGGAGGGGAUGGUCUCGUUCAAGCCGUCGAUGUCACGGGGCGGGCGAAAGGCGGGGGAGAAGCUCGUGGGCGAGCACCUGAUCAGCAAGGCCCUGGUCCACGCCAGCAGCCCGGCGACCCUGGCCGCCGGCGCGAGGGCCCAGGAUGGGUUCGAGAAGUGGCUCCCCCGAGUGCAUCGGCAGACCCAGGCGCGGCCCCCGGCCUGCCAGACCAGGAGUCCGGCCCGCCGGUCGGGCGAUCGAUUUGGCGGCUGGGCAGCCGCCGCGGCCGCUGCCUACAGGGGCGCCGCUGCGCUCGCGAUUUCGAUUUCCGGCCUCGAAGUGCUGCCCGGCUCGCGCGCGGCCGGUUCUGUUGGCGCCAUGCCUCCGCUGCUCCUCGCGUCGUUCACAAUUGCGCUCGCCUGGCCGCCGGGGGCGCAGCUCCUGGCAUCGGUCGACACUGAUCCAGGCAGACUGGGCGAGGGCGCAUCGGAUGGGCAGUUGCCGCGAUCCGCUCCCGAUGACCGCGCCCGCCUGGCGCAGUUCGACCAGGCGCCCUCGGGCGCUGCGUUGCAGCAGCUCGUCGUGAAGGCGCGCUCAGAGAUCGCGGAGCUCCGCGCUGCGGGCCCGGAGCGGGAGGUCGCGUCGGGCCGGGAGAGGGCCGGCUGCGCUGCCCUGCCCCUGCGAGGGGCCAUCUUCUUUUCGGCGCCCAUCGUUGGUUCUGCCGAGACUAGCGAGAGCGCGCGCGGGGAGCUAAACGUCGCGAGCGCGGGCUUCGGCACCUCGUCGGCGUCGGCCCCCGCCUUCUACGCUGCCGGCAGGGCUUUCUCGAGCGCAUCGCCUCGGGCAACGAUUUCCACUGAGGGCCGCCUGAUGACUGCCCCCCCGAAGGGGGCCCACGCGGGGCUACUUCGAGGCCGCGGAGUCUACGACGCCGAGACGGCUUACACUACGCUGGCGCCCUACCACAGCGGCGGGCCCCCCCUCCUGGACGACGCGACCGCCGCGCCCGCUGUGGCCUCUCUGCUGCGCGGCCGCGCUCUCGAGUGCCUGGCGGAGGCUGAGGGGCAGGUGAUCGCGGCCGCCGAGGAGGCCCAGCUUGAUCGCGGCGUGAAUGGCGCGAUCAUGAUGCGGCAGUCGCCGGCGCCGCGCCGCAUUCAUCAAGGGCCCGAGGCGCCGCGGGCUGGUCCGAUCCGCACUUCGAGAACCCUUGGGGUGGAUUUGCUGACCGCGGAUCGCCUCGACCGCGCAGAGCACGGGAGCGACGGCGGCGACCCUGCGCUGCCCAUCUUCUUCGGCGAGGCCGACGUCAAGCAUUGCUUUAACCUCGUGAUGUUUGACGGCCAGAUGUCGCGCUACUUCUGCUACCCCAGCAGGGUGGCCAAGGAAUUCGGCGCGGUGGGGAACGGCAUUGGCGACAGGACUGCUGCCGGCGUGGACGGCGAUGGCGUUGACACGGAUGUCGACGAAUCGACCGAGGCAGCGCGGGCCGAGGCGCAUCGCCAGCGCCUUCUGCGCGCCGCGUGCCGCGCCCGCAAUCAUUUCCUGCGGGCAGAGACGCCCCCGCCACAGUUGGCGCCCGAAGAGAUGGCGGUGACGGCGCGGGCAGGGAGGCAGCACAUCCUGGAGCUGCAGCAGUUCGUCAACUUUGCGCGCGCGGAGCAGCGCCCCGCGGCGGGCCUGGCCCAGGCAGACGACUUGAUUGCGAUCGACAGCCAGUCUAUGCUUUCGUGGGUGUGCCACUACCUCCAGGUCGCAAGGGGGCGCGGCCGCUCGCUGUGUUCCUUCGGCAAUUUUGCAUCCCAGGCGGAGUUCAAGACUGAUUGCAAGAUGCUGGGGGAGAUCGAGCUGGCGAGUGCCAGCAGCGAGGGCGGCAGAAGUGCCCGCCACGAGAAGUACGCGCGUCUCGGCAGCCUCUGGGACGAGCUCUCGGUCGCGAUGCGAUGUCACAUGAAGCUGCGCAGGGAAGAGCUCGCCGCGUUCUUCCUGUCGCCCAGCUGUUCCCCUUCCGCCGCCAGCCGCAUGAAGGUGACCUCCGAUGGUUCCUACGUGGCCGACCUCUUCGUUAGUUUGGGAAAAG